AUCUUAUCCUCUUAGACGAUUCUCUUUGAUCAGAUUGAGAUCAUCUUCAGUUUGUUCUCCCACUUGCACACUGAUAGUUACACUUACUCCGAUCAAUAUAAAAAUAAAUAAAAUAAAAUAUCUGUCUUGAUGGAUUAAACUCCAAAGGCCACCGUUGUGUUUUGGCGAGAGAGAUGUUACUGGAGAAGCCGACCUUGUUCUUGAUUAGUGUGUGAAGAUCUGUCUUUUAUCCAAAACAAGCUUUACUUCAUUUAACUUGUCGCCAUUAAAAUAUAAAACAAACUUGCCCCAUACUCCGAUACAUGGGCAUACGUAUGCGACUAUGCGAGGUGGUCCCAAUCAUCGUCGUCGUCUGUGCUAGGGAGCACAAAUAAUAGAGAGAAGAGAGACGCUGAGGCGGUGAUCGAGGUCUUAAGAUUUAAAGAGAAAAAGCCUCUGAAGAGUGUGACUAGACAAGAUCCGAUCAUAGUUCCUUCCUUUUAAAGUGCUCAGCAGCAACUGGAUUGACACUUCUCUUAACUAAGUGAAAACAUGUCAGGGUCAAGGCCGAGCCAUUCCUCCGAGGGCUCAAGGCGUUCAAGAAACAGCGCUAGGAUCAUUGCGCAGACCACCGUUGAUGCAAAGCUCCAUGCUGAUUUCGAGGAGUCAGGCAGUUCCUUUGACUACUCAACCUCGGUGCGUGUCACCGGACCUGUUGUGGAGAACCAGCCGCCAAGAUCAGACAAGGUGACCACGACUUAUCUUCACCACAUACAGAAGGGAAAGCUGAUUCAGCCCUUCGGUUGUUUGCUCGCCUUGGACGAAAAGACCUUCAAAGUCAUCGCCUACAGCGAGAACGCUGCUGAGCUCCUGACGAUGGCUAGUCACGCUGUUCCUAGCGUUGGCGAACAGGGCGCUCUAGGCAUAGGGACAGACAUAAGGAGCCUUUUCACCGCUCCUAGCGCCUCUGCUUUGCAGAAAGCGCUUGGAUUCGGAGACGUCUCCCUCCUGAACCCCAUCCUCGUGCAUUGCAAGACAUCCGCCAAGCCGUUUUACGCCAUCGUGCACAGGGUCACGGGGAGCAUCAUCGUCGACUUCGAGCCGGUGAAGCCUUACGAAGUUCCCAUGACGGCUGCUGGCGCUCUGCAGUCGUACAAACUCGCUGCGAAAGCCAUCACUAGGCUGCAGUCUCUCCCCAGCGGGAGCAUGGAGAGGCUUUGCGACACGAUGGUUCAAGAGGUUUUCGAGCUCACGGGGUAUGACAGGGUGAUGGCUUAUAAGUUUCAUGAUGAUGAUCACGGAGAGGUUGUCUCUGAGGUCACGAAGCCUGGACUGGAGCCUUACCUCGGCCUGCAUUAUCCAGCCACUGACAUCCCUCAGGCAGCUCGUUUUCUCUUUAUGAAGAAUAAGGUUCGGAUGAUCGUUGAUUGCAAUGCGAAACACGUUAGGGUGCUUCAAGAUGAGAAGCUCUCCUUUGAACUCACUUUGUGUGGCUCCACGCUCAGAGCGCCGCACAGCUGCCAUUUGCAGUACAUGGCCAACAUGGACUCGAUCGCAUCUCUCGUUAUGGCGGUUGUGGUAAACGAGGAAGAUGGAGAAGGCGAUGCUGCUGCUCCUCCUGAUUCCACCGCGCCUCAGAAGAGAAAGAGGCUGUGGGGUCUGGUGGUUUGUCACAACACGACUCCAAGAUUCGUUCCGUUUCCUCUGAGGUAUGCGUGUGAGUUUCUAGCUCAAGUGUUUGCCAUACACGUCAACAAGGAGGUGGAGCUGGAGAAUCAGAUCGUGGAGAAGAACAUUUUACGCACGCAGACGCUCCUGUGCGAUAUGCUGAUGCGUGAUGCUCCUCUGGGAAUCGUCUCGCAGAGCCCCAACAUAAUGGACCUUGUGAAAUGCGAUGGAGCAGCUCUCUUGUACAAAGAAAAGGUAUGGAAGCUAGGAAUCACUCCGAGUGAGUUCCAUCUGCAGGAGAUAGCUUCGUGGCUGUGCGAGUACCACACGGACUCAACUGGUCUGAGCACUGAUAGCUUGCACGACGCCGGGUUUCCCAGAGCACUAGCUCUGGGAGACUCGGUGUGUGGGAUGGCGGCUGUGAGAAUAUCAUCGAAAGACAUGAUAUUCUGGUUCCGUUCUCACACAGCUGGUGAAGUGAGAUGGGGAGGUGCAAAGCAUGAUCCAGACGAUAGGGAUGACGCGAGGAGAAUGCACCCGAGGUCAUCGUUCAAGGCUUUCCUCGAAGUGGUCAAGACGAGGAGUUUGCCUUGGAAGGACUAUGAGAUGGAUGCCAUACACUCCUUGCAGCUUAUUCUGAGGAAUGCUUUCAAGGAUGGUGGCGAAACUGCUGAUGUGAAUACAAAGAUCAUCCACUCGAAGCUGAAUGAUUUAAAAAUCGAUGGUAUACAAGAACUUGAAGCUGUUACGAGCGAGAUGGUUCGUUUGAUCGAGACUGCUACUGUGCCGAUUUUGGCGGUUGAUUCUGAUGGAUUGGUUAAUGGUUGGAACACGAAAAUUGCUGAGCUGACUGGUCUUCCGGUUGAUGAAGCCAUAGGGAAGCAUCUCCUCACGCUUGUUGAGGAUUCUUCAGUGGAGAUCGUUAAGAGGAUGCUAGAGAAUGCGCUACAAGGAACGGAGGAGCAGAAUGUUCAAUUUGAGAUCAAGACACAUCUGUCAAGAGCUGAUGCUGGACCUAUAAGUUUAGUUGUUAACGCAUGCGCAAGUAGAGAUCUCCGUGAGAACGUUGUUGGUGUGUGCUUUGUAGCUCAUGAUCUUACUGGACAGAAGACUGUGAUGGACAAGUUCACUCGGAUCGAAGGUGAUUACAAGGCGAUCGUCCAGAAUCCAAACCCGCUGAUCCCUCCCAUAUUUGGUACCGACGAGUUCGGUUGGUGCACGGAGUGGAAUCCAGCGAUGUCAAAGUUAACCGGUUUGAAGCGAGAGGAAGUGAUGGACAAGAUGCUGUUAGGAGAAGUGUUCGGGACUCAGAAGUCGUGUUGUCGUCUGAAGAAUCAAGAAGCGUUUGUGAACCUUGGGAUUGUGCUGAACAACGCUGUGACGAGUCAGGAGGCGGAGAAAGUGCCAUUUGCUUUCUUCACGAGAGGUGGAAAGCACGUGGAGUGUCUGUUGUGUGUGAGUAAGAAACUGGACAGGGAAGGUGUGGUGACAGGGGUCUUCUGUUUCCUGCAGCUUGCUAGCCAUGAGCUGCAGCAGGCCUUGCAUGUUCAGCGUCUAGCUGAGAGGACUGCGUUGAAGAGGUUAAAGGCUCUAGCUUACAUAAAAAGACAGAUCAGGAAUCCGCUUUCCGGUAUCAUGUUUACAAGGAAGAUGAUGGAGGGGUCUGAGUUAGGACCGGAGCAGAGAAGGAUUCUGCAGACUAGCGCUUUAUGUCAGAAGCAACUCAGCAAGAUCCUGGAUGAUUCUGAUCUGGAAAGCAUCAUUGAAGGGUGCUUGGAUCUGGAAAUGAAAGAGUUCAGCUUGAAUGAAGUGUUGACUGCUUCCACAAGUCAAGUAAUGAUGAAGAGUAACGGAAAGAGCGUUAGGAUAACAAAUGAUACAGGAGAAGAAGUGAUGUCUGAUACUUUGUAUGGAGACAGUAUCAGGCUUCAACAAGUCUUGGCAGAUUUCAUGCUCAUGUCUGUUAACUUUACACCGUCCGGAGGAGAGCUAACUGUUACAGCUUCCCUGAGGAAAGAUCAGCUGGGGAGAUCUGUGCAUCUUGCUUAUUUAGAGAUCAGAAUAACGCAUACAGGAGCUGGGCUACCAGAGUUUUUGCUGAACCAAAUGUUUGGAACUGAGGAAGACGUGUCGGAGGAAGGACUAAGCUUGAUGGUUAGCAGGAAACUAGUGAAGCUGAUGAAUGGAGAUGUUCAGUACUUGAGACAAGCUGGGAAAUCGAGUUUCAUUAUCUCUGCGGAACUCGCUGCGGCCAACAAGUAGUCUCCCCUAAAAAAAACAGAGGGGUUAUGGCUUUGAUAUUGUCUUACUGGUUUUCUCUUUGUUUGCAACUUUCCUUAUUGCUUUUGUUUUUCAUUUUCAAACUUCCAAUAACUAAGAAAAUAUCCAUCCAUUUACGUCUUCUGCCAUCUCUGUUUGUUCUGAAGCCUGUAAACAUGGAUGGAUGCAUAUCUAAUUCCUUCUCGAGUGUUUUUGGUUUCAUGAUGUAUUAUGAGAAAUAAAAGCUAAUUUACAGUUUA